ACCUUUACUCUUUCUUAACACAUUUUCUUCUUUGCACUCUCACAUUUACACACUUAGAGAUAUGCAAGUAGCACCAAAAUGCAGUUUCUCCUAACACCCUUCACAAUCUUCAAUUUCAUCAGCAUUUUAACUCUGAUUGUUGAACCACUUCACACCUCUGCUACUUGUAGGGGCUUCUGCGGCAACAUUCCCAUCCGCUACCCGUUUGGAGUGGAUGACGGCUGCGGCGCCCCGCAGUACCGGCACAUGUUCAACUGCACCAAUGACUUGUUCUUCUUAACACCAUCUGGCAGCUACAAGGUCCAGUCAAUAGACUACAAUAAGAAAACAAUGGUUGUAUACGAUCCUGCUAUGUCCACAUGUUCAAUAUUGCAACCUCACCAUGACUUUAUCAUGACAGAUAUUCAAUCUGCCAUGAUGCCUCCAUCACCAGACACCGUUUUUGCUCUCCUGAAUUGUUCAAUUGACUCUCCUGUACUCAACCAUUACAAGAAUCUCUGUUUCAACAUCUCUGAUCAUUCUUGUGAUGAACUUUAUGGAGCCUGCAAUGCGUUCAGAGUUUUCCACUUACUCUCUAACAGUUCUCCGCCGUGUUGCUUCACUAACUAUGAUACAGUGAAGUACAUGAGCAUGAACAUUUUGGACUGCACGCAUUAUACGAGUGUGAUCAAUACAGAUAGCUUGAAGGGCAUAGGACCGUUGGAUUGGGUAUACGGGAUCAAACUUUCUUAUUCUCUUCCUGAUACUGGAUGUCAACGUUGUUCACUUUCUGGUGGGACAUGUGGGUUCGACACUGAGACUGAAGGGAUGACUUGCCUCUGCUCAAGCACCAUGAAUGCUACUAGACAAUGUGCUCCAGGCAGUUUUACAGAUGGAGGAGUGGUUCAUACUCCGUGGACAGUUUUUCAUGUAGUUCUCUUGGUUCUAGGAAUAUUUCUAGAUCUCAUAAUUUCAUGAUAGUUUCUGGUUUGUAUCAAAUGCAGGUCGGGCUGGUAAUUUGGUCUCUGUAAUUUGCUUAUUAUAACUGUUGCCAUAUUUGAGCUGUCUGAUUCUAUAAUUUUCGUGUAAACUUAAGGCUUUUCCCAACUGUACGUGGUGAAUGAAAAAAAUUGUAUUCAA